ACCCGCCUCCGUGUCCGUGAGAACAUCCUGUUCCUGUCGGCCGGGCAGAGCCGGAGCGCGCCGUGCCAGGCCCAGCACUGCCCGCGGGGAUGGGGACAGCGUCCCGCCUGCUCCUCCUUCUCCACAACCUGCUGCUGCUGCUGCCGCCCGGCGCCUUCGGAUUCGCUCCCUCCCUGGACAGCGACUUCACCUUCACGCUGCCCGCCGGCCGCAAGGAGUGCUUCUUCCAGCCCAUGCGGCACGGGGCCUCGCUGGAGGUCGAGUACCAGGUUUUAGAUGGAGCAGGAUUAGAUGUUGACUUUUACUUGGAAUCUCCAAAGGGUGAAAUCCUAGUUUUUCAUCAGAGAAAAUCAGAUGGAGUCCACACGGUGGAAACAGAAGAUGGAGAUUACAUGUUCUGCUUUGACAACACAUUCAGCACCAUUUCAGAGAAGGUGAUUUUCUUUGAAUUGAUUCUAGAUAAUAUGGGAGAAGGAGAACAAGAGGACUGGAAGAAGUACAUUACAGGCACAGACUUGUUGGAUAUGAAACUUGAAGAUAUUCUGGAAUCCAUCAACAAUGUCAAAGCCAGGUUAAGCAAAAGCCUCCAGAUUCAGACGCUGCUCAGAGCAUUUGAAGCUCGUGAUCGAAAUAUACAAGAAAGCAACUUUGACACAGUGAAUUUUUGGUCCAUGGUCAACUUGGGAGUCAUGGUGGUGGUUUCAGCUGUUCAGGUUUACAUGCUGAAAAGUCUUUUUGAAGAUAAGAGGAAAAGUAGAACUUAACAGCUAGUGUGAUUAUAGCAAUAACCAGAGAGGAGGGGAAAAUGGAAUAAACUGCUACAGCAAAA